UUGUCAACCUCAGAAAAAUUCAAACCACGUGCGGCUUAUUUAUAUUUUUUGUAUGGUAAAAUUGUAAUGAAAUAACAAAAAUGGGUAAAUUUAGAUCCAAACUAAAGGGUCAAACAAAAGGAAAACGAUGGCAGAAGGGCCAGUCGUCCAACUCAAAUCCUAAAAUACAAAAGUACCGAGAAAUGGCCAAAUCUCGCUUCUUCCAAGAAAACUUGGGUAACUCUGGACUUACACAGCAAGCUGUGCUAAAACAUGACGCAAUGGUCACAUACGGACACAACAAAACUAAGCUGAUAUCAGAUGCUGAAAAUGAAUUGUCAAUUGCUAAGGAAUUUGAAAACAUGUCUGUCCGAACAGGGGAAGAUGGUUCGGAAACUGAGUAUGCUGGCUCAAUGAAAUCUGGGACAUAUAAAACAUUUCAGACAUUUGCCUCAGAUUGGAGUCAGUGCUCUAAUGUGAGCUUCAGCAAGCUCUUGACUAGGUUUGACUCGAACAAUGCUGUGCACAAGGAUAUGUUGGCAGUGCUGGCUGCUGUGACAGAUGUGAUUAAGGAACAAGGAGGCAAAGAAACUGCUACUGAAUAUUUUGCAGCACUUAUGGAAACACUUAAAGCAUCUGAAGGUGACGAGAGUCUGGUGGCCACUUUAUCACUACUGUCUAUGGGAAUAAAGUCUGUACCACAAGCUGUGUUGAGAAAACAAUUUUCGGACUCUACAGUGUUUACGGAUAUACUAGAGAAGAACGCCCAGUCAGAAAAUGGCACAUUAUUGCGUAGUGCCAUUGGAUGUUUGUCGGUCAUGCUAAGAGCACAGGAGUACGCUGUGUGGGGUGACUCCUCCACAAUGAAGAUAUUUGAUUCAGUUCUGGCAUUCUCACUGCAUUCUAAGCCUAAGGUACGAAAAGCUGCACAGCAUGCAGUGACAGCCAUACUCAGGGGAAGCUGUUUCAUGAUACCAUCAGAAGAUCAAAAUGUUAAGGUUCCAAAAGUCCACCCAGCUGCCAACAGGGUAGCGGAGUUCUGCCUGGCUCAGAUCAGCUCUGAAGCUUUACUCUCCGGACACAGGAGUGUGCUACACACACUAACCAUGUUGAGGGAUAUCCUGCCAGUUUUCAGCAAGGAGCAUAUCAAGAGCACAUGCGAAGCCAUCCUGUCGUUAAUGACGCAUAACGACGUGUACACGCGCACCUGCUGCCUGCACACGCUGCAUGCGCUGCUCGCCGCCGACGACGGCAGCAACCUACCAGCGGCAACUGCUGCCCAGCUGCUGCGAGCUCUCCGCGCCGCGCGGCCGCCGCCCGCCGACAAGGCGGUGGGGCUCGCCUGGGCGGCCGUCAUGCAGCAGGCUUAUGCUUGUCUCGCCAGACUGGACCUGAACCUGUGCAUUCCGAACGUGCCGGCAUUCGUGAACAUCUGCGUGUCGGAGCUGUGGCUGUCCGACGUCGCCGACGUCACCGCUGCCUCCACCAACGCGCUCAAGGCGCUCCUCCUGGACUGCGUGAAGCCGGCGGUGGACUCGGAAGCGGUGCUGGUGAAACACCGCGCGCACAUCGACGCCGUGUUCAAGUGUAUCGGUACAGGCUUGGACAACCCGUUCAACCAGGCCAUCAGACAUGUUAUACUGACUAUUGCUGUUUGUUUUGAGAUUGGCAACGAAAAUAUCCACUACGCACUUGCUCCUCUAUUGAAGAAACUGAACGAACGGCGUGAAAGUCAUAACUUCCAUAAUGAGAAGGAAGCUGAAUACGCCACUGGCUGCGCUGUCAAGGCGCUCGGACCAGAAUUCGUCCUCAACGUCAUUCCACUCAGAGACGGCGGCAAAAUAAACAUAGACAGAAGUUGGCUGCUACCCGUACUCAAAGAAAAGAUCACAAACUCCAAUUUGAAGUUUUUCGCCACAGAAAUUUUGGAUAUGGCAACAUUCUGCAGAAAGAAGGCUAGAGAGUUAGCAGAGGCGAAUGAUAUACCUGGGUCCCAUACUUAUGAUCUCCUCUGCAACCAAUUUUGGUCGCUUCUACCGAGUUUCUGCAACAACCCUAAAGGUAUAAAAGAUAACUUCAAGGUUUUAGCUCGAGUACUAGGUAACGUGUUGAAAGAUAAUCCAGAGUUUAGGCUAUCCGUGAUGCAGGCUUUGAGGAAGUUGAUCUCAUGUUCAGAAGAAAAUGAGGAGGAUAAAACGGAAUUGGGGCGGUUCGCUAAGAACUAUUUGCCGAUUCUGCUGAAUAUCUACAUGUCGCCGGCCAAAGGCAGUUCGGCUGAGGGACAGAGGCUAGCAGCUUUGGAGACUAUACAGGUAUAUCUAACAAUAAGUGACCAACAACUAAGAGAAGAACUGUUUUCGAAUGCUCUACAACAGUUGGAAGCGUCCAAAGACAACCAUUUCCAGAGAGAAUCUAUCUUAGACGUCAUACGACUGCUAGUUCUGUAUCAGAACAGCAAGAGAAUAGCAGAAUUAUUCGACAAAUGGGUGUAUCCCCUAUGUGAAACUGUUCUAGAAGAUCCAAAGAAGUUCAAAAAGACAAAGAAAGAUAAAAAUUCGAUGGAAGAGGACGCGAGUGACAAAAAGGAACUCAGGUAUAAAGAAAAGGCAAGACUUUUGGAAAUGGAACACAAGAAAGCGUAUCGUAUAUUAGAAGAAAUAUUUAAAAGUGACAAAGAAAGUUGUAAAGAAUUUUUAAAAGAUAAUUACAAGAAGAUUAAAAAGUUACUGAUGUCGUCGUUAAAUAAGGUAGCAGAUAGCAGUAAGGCAGCUAGGUUAAGAUGUAUAGAGCAUUUAAUAAACUCCAACUCGCACUUGAACGCUGAGAGCAAGCUGCUCAAGAGCGCCAUAGCGGAGUCGGUGGUGUGCACGAAAGACAUCAACUCCAAAUGCCGGCAGUGCGCAUUCAAUGUUAUUAACACAGUCGGCAAUGUGUUGAAGACACAAGACGGAGGUAUGAAAGCCUUCGUGGAUAUGAUGGUGACGGGUCUCUCGGCCCCUCUGCCGCGUAUAACGAGCGCGACGCUCCGCGCGCUGGCGUCCGCACUGUACAACCACUCGGAGGACAUGGGGCUGGAGCUGGUGCAGGAGCUGCUGGAGAAGGUGGUGCAGCAGAUGAUGAGCAGCAACAGAGAGGUGGUGGCGGCUUCCAUGAGCUUCCUUAAGGUCUACACAAAAGUAUUACCAUCAGACGUCCUACUAGGCAGUUUACCUAUCAUAAUUAAAACUUUAUCAACGAUGUCGGACGAUUGCAAGCGACAUUCGCGUUUGGAGAUAGGCUACUUCCUGACGCGGAUGACGAGGAAGUUCGGAGCCGACACAGUCGAGAAGCUGGUGCCGAGCGAGGAUGUGGUGAUGCUGAAGAGGCUCCGGAAUAUCAGGAAGAUGGAUAACAGGAAGAAGAGGAUGAAGGAUGGCAGAGAGCAAGACGAAGAUUCGGGUUCGGAAUUCGACGUGAAAGGCACGUCUAAGACACUAGAAGACAUUCUCAAAGACUCCGACUCCGAGAUGGAGUAUUUGGAGGAGGAGGAGAGGCCGCGGGCGAAGGCCAAGACGAAGAAGAAGAACCAGGCCUGGAUCCAGGACGAUCCGGACAAUAUCGUGGACUUGGCUGAUGUGUCGUCCGCUAGGAAGAUCACAGCGACGGACCCGACACAAAAGAAAGUAGUAGAGGAGAAAUCUCAGAAGAAGAAGGACGGCGGGUUCCGCACUGCGCCCGAUGGCAGACUCAUCAUCUCCGACGAGCCGUACGACGAUGAUGAUGAUGAUGAACCCAGACCCAGUGGGGAUAUCGAUACCGAUACUGAUGAUACAGACGACGAAGAAGACAAGAAGCCGUCUAAACUCCUCAAGCCCGGCGCCAAACGGCGUUACGACGACAUACUCAGCGUGAAGAGCGGCCGCAGCGCGCGAAGCCGCGCCUCCACAGCUACGGUCGGCUCCAAAUACAAGGCCGGUGGCAAGGGUAUUCACAGGCCUCUCGGCUCAGCAGCAUCAGUGGUGUCAGUCGGCUCGGAGUACAAGUCCAAGAAGGCCAAAGGUGACAUCAAGAAGAAGGGCAAACACGACCCCUACGCGUACCUGCCGCUCUCCAGGAAGAACCUUAAUAAGAGGAAAAAGGCCGGCAACACGAAACAGUUCAAGGGGAUAGUCAAGUCGAAGACAAAAGGCGGGAAAAUAUCCAAGAAGAAAUAGACUGUACAGUGUAACUUAUAUUGUGACUUAUUUAAAAUCAAAUAAAACAUGUUAUAAUA